CCCAUGCUAAAAGAACAAAGCUUCCAUGUGGCACAAAGGCAAAAGACCGAGAGUUUCAGACAAUAAUAAAAACCUGCUCUUUUAUGUACGCGAGUUCCCUGUUUCCGCGCUGAAUUCUAGUAAGUGCCACAUGCGACGAUUGUAGGAAUGUGGAGCAUGGGAUCACAACAGCCAUUCACCUACAGCUUGGAAUCAUCUUGGGAGAUGACAGAUGGAUGCAUAGGGAGGAUCGAAGCCUGCAAGCCAAGCUCUUAAACUCACCAUGGACCAAGGCUUCAGUUUCAGCACGCUGAAGAAGUUAGCAGCUGAGCCGGAUCACACUGAUGUCACUCUGCCUGCUGUGGAGCGUGUGCGGGCCCUCAGCAAAAUGGGCUAUAACAUAGAAAUAAACGAAGACAUCGCCCCGAGACGCUACUUUCGCUCUGGUGUGGAGAUGGAGCGUAUGGCAGCUGUUUAUCUAGAGGAGGGCAGCCUGGAGAAUGCCUUUGUCCUCUACAACAAGUUCAUCACUUUAUUUGUUGAGAAACUCCCCUGCCACAGGGACUAUCAGCAGUGCAACAUCCCUGAGAAGCAGGUGAUAAUGAAGAAAUUACAGGAAGUGGCUUUUCCACGCAAGGACCAAUUAAAGCGACUUCUCCAUGAGAAAUACAGCAAAGAACACGGCGAAUAUCUGAAGAGUCAGACUCAAGCCAUGGCCGUUGACAUGUGUGGUGCACAACUGCAGAAGAUGUCUAUGCUGGAGGAGGAGCGGCAGCGUGUGGCACAGCUCAGGAAGAUGCAGAUCGAGUCUGAGCAGUUCCGUUACUUCGAGGACCAACUGCGUAGACAGGAGCUGGCCAGUCGGAGGGAUGAGGCUGGCCCCAAAGUGCCUGAACAAACUGACGGGUCCUGUUUAUCCCAGACCCCCAGAAACCAUGUGCGCCUUGACCCCAAUCGAACCAAACAAGCAGCCCCUGUUCCCAAACCGGCAGCCACGUUAGCAGCUGUACAAAAUCAGCGCGUGGAAGGCCUGAGGCGGGUUUUAAUCCCACGAGACCUGACUUACAGGUUCCUUCUGCUGGCAGACAGUAACACAGCGAGAGGAAUUGAAACGUGUGGAGUUCUCUGUGGAAAACUGACGCAUAAUGAGUUUGUGCUGACUCACGUGAUCAUCCCUAAGCAGUCCGCCGGUCAUGAUUACUGUGACAUGGAGAAUGUGGAAGAGCUGUUCAGUUACCAGGAUCAUCAUAACCUACUGACCCUGGGCUGGAUCCAUACUCACCCAACACAGACGGCCUUCCUCUCCAGUGUGGAUCUACAUACACACAGCUCUUAUCAGCUUAUGCUACCUGAGGCCAUCGCUAUUGUUUGCGCACCUAAACACAAUGACACAGGAGUUUUCCGGCUCACCAGUGCUGGAAUGGGAGAAGUGGCCGGAUGCAGAUUGAAAGGUUUUCACCCCCACUCGAAAGACCCUCCUCUGUUCACUAUUUGCAAGCACAUUGUGGUGAAAGACUCGAAAACGACAGUUCUGGACCUCAGGUGACAGAAGAAGAUGGAAAAUAUCAGUAUCAGCAAACCAUUGAGAAUUUCUAUUUAUAUUUUUCUUUACUUGAAGGCUUUUUUGUAUUUAUUUAUUUUACAAAAAGAUCAUCAUCAUGCGCUUUUUGUUCGUGGCCAGCAGCAGGUAUGUUCUAGUCAGAUCGUGUGGUAUAAUCGGACGGCCAUUUUGGUUGUUUGUCCUCAAGAUGGCGCCAUUUGUUAAAGCAUACUGUACAAUAAGGCUGCUACAAUGUGAACUGUUAUCAGGACUUUUUACAAAAGUGUGUAAGAUUUGCCUUUGAUAUAUCACUGAUAUCAUGUGCAGUUAUGUUUUUAACACAAUACACACUGACCAAUAGUUGUUUUUUUUAACAAAAACCUAACAGAUUUUUCUAGAGAGUUUAUUGUUAUUAUUUUUAAUGGUCAAGUUAAUAAAGAUGCAAUAUAAGACAGGAGAUCCACUUUAAAAUAAUGCAAUACAGACUUCAAUUUAGGCUUUCAGUUCAAUUUAAAGACACUUUCAUACUAGAAUAUCCCAAUGACCCAAUAUGAUGUUGGUGAGUGAGCUUUUUUCCUCUUGGAUCUGGUUACAAGAAAGUGAUUUUUGAAAAGUAUAAACAAGAUUGGGAUCUCUUAGUGCACACCAAAGCUCCUGUAACUGAACAGACCUGUUUACAGGUAAAAGAUUUCAGCCUUGACCGCACUAAUCUCAGGGUAUACCAUUCCCUCAUUUUAACAAACUAAUUUUGUUUUGGUCUCCACUACUUUUGUGGUUUGAGAAGAAAGCUUUUUUUGUGAGCAGUGGAAGAUUGCGGGAGUGUUUGUUUUGUUCAUUGUGAAUUGGAUUGUUUCUCCAGUGUGGAGCUGCGUGUGCCAGGGGCUCCACUGAUGCUGUGUUUUUGUGGCUCUUUGUGAACAGGAUAGUAGAAGGAGGCUUUUGUGUCUGUACAAGCACCAUUCUUUCCUUAACGCCUUUGUUAAUAAAAGUGACAAGGAUAACAAAAAAAUCUACUUUCUCUUUGAUACACAAUGACAGGUCAAAAAAAAAUGUAAUCUGUAAAUGAUCUGGAUUGAAAUGUUACAUCAUAUUUCAAAGCUUAAUGAUUCAUAUAUAAUGAUGAAACAAGCAGUUUGAUUCAUCACAGGCAUGUAGUCAAAUGCUUCAACAUGUCUGAUGUCUUUUGUGCAUUUGAUCUUUUUUUGGUUCAUUUUAAUUUUUGGGGGUGUUAAAGGGCAUUUUUGACUUGCCUAAAUUCAUUGAAAUUAACUAAUUUCUCAUUGUGUAUGAUUACUG